AUGAAUAAUGAAUUCGAUGCCUCACUUAUGUCAAGAUUGUUUUAUUUUACAAUGCAUAUUAUAUGUUGGACAGUCUUGAUAGUUUACAAACAAAAUGCUUUUAUGUAAAAUCCUUUUGAUGUGCUAUAGAUAUCAUUUGUAAUAUUAGUAUUUUAUUCAAACUAUUUAUUUGUUACGGUGGGAAAUAACCCUGGAUAUAUAAUAAGUACAAAUGAAGAGGAUGUUGAAAUGUAAAUUAUGGAAACUGAAACGAACAAACGAUAUUGUAAAAUAUGCAAAUUUAAUAUACCCAAUAGAGCAAAGCAUUGUAAGGUUUGCAAGAAAUGCGUUGCAAAAUAUGAUCAUCAUUGUUUUUGGAUAGGUGGAUGUGUUGGAGAAUUGAAUCAACGAUCAUUUUGGUUAUUCUUGCUUGUUCAGACUGUUGCUUUGAUAUUGUUGUUGUCGUAUUGUUAGGAUGGUUUGUCUAAUUAUGACUAUUAUGAGAAGGACAAAAAGAGAUACGGAUAAGAAUACGGAGCUUUUAUUGUAAUAUUUGUGAUAAUGUUCCUAUUUUUGAUGUUUGCAGGGGGGAUGCUUAUAUUCCACACCUAUUUGAUUAUUGUAGGAAUAACAACAUACGAGUUAUUUAAAAAGCAUUAAUACAAGAAGGAAUCAACGAAUUCAUUUGGUUCGAUAGUGUAGAACAUUCGAUCAACAUGUUGUCAUGGUGGCAAAUUGUUAUCCCUCUAAGAAAUGGUUUGA